AUGACAAUAAAGUAUCGUUUAAAUAUAGCAGAAUAUCCAGUGGCCUCACUAGUGAAAAUUGUUGCUGAUCUAUUAGAUUCCAUUAUUGAAACAAACGAUAAAUUGAUCAAUCAUACAACAGUGACUCAUUUCCAUUCGAGAACAGUGCCCAAUAUCAGUGUUUAUGCAUACUUGACGCGUAUUUUACGGUUUGCAUCUUUCUCAAAUGAAGUCCUCUUAUCCCUCUUAAUUUAUUUUGAUCGGAUUGCUGAGCUUAGAAAGACAAAAUAUGCUGUCAAUUCACUCACUGUCCAUCGAUUGUUGAUUACAAGUAUUGUGGUUGCAUCUAAAUUUACUUCAGAUGUCUUUUAUCCGAAUGCUCGUUAUGCCAAGGUGGGAGGUAUUCCGCUAGGCGAAUUAAAUCAACUCGAAUUAGAGUUUUUAUUCUUAUGUAAUUUUGACUUGCAUGUUAAACUAGAGGAUAUGCAGGCCUAUGGAGAUCAGUUACUAAUGCACGCAUUCACUACUCAGUCAUGUACACAUCUUCAAAUCAUCACUUCUCCACCUCUAUCUCCACCUUUAUCAACCAAAAGAAAACAAAGCCCUAGUCUGGAAGAACCAGAACCCAAGAAACAAAUCACUUUGGCUUUAUAUAUAGAAGAAGGCACGGUAUGUCAUUUAGAUACAAUGCAUGACUCCUCAGUCACAGAGGAAGAACAAAUCAAACGAAAAGCAUUGAUAUCACUCUGUAAAUCAUUGAUGCUUUAUGGUGCUCCUUGUCAUCGUAUUGAACAAGCAUUGGAAUACACUUCACAAUGCCUUUUGAUCACAGCUACUUUUGUCUUUAUACCUGGUGUCAUGAUGGUAACAUUUGCCUCUGAGUUACACUCACAGACAAUCUUGGUAAAAUGCCCACAAGGCUUCGACAUGGGAAAACUAACCAAAGUGAAUGACAUUAUUCAAGGUAUGACUACACAAGACAUAGAGAACAAGAUUCAUGCAGAUCAAUGCCUAGACAUGCUAGAAGAGCUAUUUCAAUCAAAACCAACCUGGAAUUCUUGGUUUAUCCUGUUGGCUCAUAUGACCAACAGUCUUCUUACUGCCCCAGUGAUGUUUAAUGGGUCAAUGCUGGAUACUGCCCUAAGCGGUGGUUUGGGCCUUGUGACAGGCCUGUUGAUCUUGUUGUCAGAACGAUAUACAGCCUAUUGCAACAUUGUCGAGAUUUCAAUCACCAUUCUGAUUUCAUUUGUGGCUCGAGCACUCGAUCAAUGGGUGUGCUUUACAGGUGUCAUUUUGUCAGCCACAUCCAUCUUACUGCCAGGAUAUACAUUGACCAUGUCCAUUAUGGAAUUGUCUGCUCGUCAUGUGAUUACAGGCACCAUUCGAUUUGUGUAUGCUAUGGUUUAUUCAUUGUUUAUCGGCUAUGGCCUUGAGAUAGGCACCAGCUUGUAUGAUGCUAUGGAUAAGCGUUCUGUGCCUACUGAAUUUGGUGUCUGUUCAGGCUCUGUUCCAUCUUGGCUUUAUACUCUCUUGUUUCCAUUCAUGGCCAUCAGUCUCUCUAUCCAUUUAGGGGCUAACAUAGACCAAUGGCCAUCCAUGAUAUGCUGUUCUGCCAUCGGAUUUGGUGUGUCUGUGAUCACAAGCAAAGUGAUUCCCAAUUUUCAGAUUGUAGGCACCAUCAGUGCAUUCUCUGUUGGCUUGUUUGGUAACCUGUAUUUCAAAGUGACAGGUGAUUUAGCACUCAUACCUCUUUCGUGUGGCAUCACUUCACUUGUGCCUGGCAGUAUUGGUGUCCGAAGUGCUUAUCUUUUGAUUCGGCAAGAUGAUCAAGGCAUUUCUUUUGCUACACAAAUGGUUGUUUCUUCACUUGGUAUUUCAGUCGGUCUUUUUGCAGCCACAUUGGCCAUUUCACCCAAUGAAAAAAAACGAGUUGCUUACUUGUCUUAUUGA